AUGGAAGACUUGGGAUUGUCUGAUAAAACUAUUGUUGCUGACAAGAGUGUGGUCGAGCAUGAAGAGGACAUCGACAUAUUUAAGUUCUCUCAAUUAAUACUCUCGGCCGAUGAGCAUCAUCAAAACCGCCUUCGUGGGAAGCAAAUCGAUCUUGAUUUAUCCUUCUCGAAGGAUGCUGAUAUUUUUCAUCCACAAUACAGUUGCAAUUCCCUGGUACUCGCAUGUAUAGAUGGUGAGUUGGAGUCUGCUCUUUGGAAUCCGACGAUCAAUGAUAUUUUAUCUUUUAUUAGGAUUAUUUUCCCUUACUGUGGCGUGGAGCUCUUAGGUUUCCAAGCCGUAACCACGACCUAUCGGUCUGUUUGUUACGACUUAGUUGAGGUCAAACCUAGUCUUCUCCUGACCUUAGGUCUUAUGAUCUCAACCCUUGAGGUGAUUUCUUAUCCGAGCUCCCAGAGGUUUAUGCAUUCACGUCGUCUUUUUUCAGAUAGUGUCUUGUUAAAGUCCCCAUUUGUUCAGUUGGGAGUGGAAAUGGAAGUGGGGAAGUUGUUCAUUGGUGGGAUUUGUUGGGAGACAAACGAGGAGCGUCUAAGGGAACAUUUCGAAGCUUUCGGUGAAGUUUUAGAAGCUGUGAUUAUGAGGGAUCGGGUGACAGGCCGAGCUCGAGGUUUUGGAUUUGUGGUCUUUUCUGAUUCAUCUGUUGCUGAAAGAGUUGUUCGGGAAAAGCAUGUGAUUGAUGGAAGAACUGUGGAGGCGAAAAAGGCCGUCCCAAGGGACGAUCACCAAACACCCAUCAAAAACAACAGCAGCAGCAGCUCACUUGGCUCACUCAGCCCGAAUCGAACCAAAAAGAUUUUCGUCGGGGGCCUCCCGUCGACCAUCACCGAGCUCGACUUCAAGAAAUAUUUCAGUAGAUUCGGGACCAUAAUAGACGUGGUCGUGAUGUAUGACCACAACACGCAGAGGCCGAGAGGCUUCGGGUUCAUAACGUACGACUCUGAGGAAUCAGUGGACAAGGUCUUGGUAAAAACAUUUCAUGAGCUUAAUGGUAAAAUGGUCGAGGUUAAGCGGGCCAUCCCGAAAGAACCGUCUCCGGGGCCUGCACGGAGCCCGUCGAGUGGGUUCUUCAACUCUUUUUCUCCGGGCCACAGCAGUUUGAAUUCGAUGAGAACAGCAGAAGGCCGUUUUAGUCAUUUUGGUCGUGUUGGAUACCCACCUUAUAGUCCUGGUGGAAAUCAGAGCAUGGGAUCAAAUAGUGAGGAUUCUGGUUUGCGGUAUAGAUACGGGAGUACGGAUUAUUCGUAUUUCGGUGGGAAUUAUGGUAAAAAUGGUUCUUUCUCGAGUACCCUUAACCGAGAUGUGUGGGGGAAUGUGAAUUUAGGAGAAGGUUGGGGUGGAUCUUCUAUUUCUGCUAAAGGCAGGGAAAAUAUUUUAUAUGGCAGUGUGCAGGAUAGCUAUGAUGGGUUGACUGGUUAUACGAGGGACAAUGGAGGUUUUUCGGAUUCAGCAUCAUUAUUUUCCGGUACGGAUAAUGUUCGUGACAAGGGCUUUGGGAAUUUGUAUGGGGGUGAUUCUUUUUAUUCGGAUCAUAUUUGGCAUUCAUUGUCUCGGGAGUUUGAAGGGUCAGGCCCUUUUGGUUAUGGACAUGAGGAUCGGGUGGCUAAUGUUGUUGUACCGAACAAUCCGGUUGGUUAUGUUGGGGAUUAUCGUGUUACUAGCUCUAAUAGAGGAAUUGCAGCCUAG